AUGAUAUAUUCCCAGGGCUUCAAUUUCAACUCUUACGUCGAGAAAGGAGUCGACCCUCGCACCGGCCAAUACAACUGCAUCCUUUCCCUCUAUGAGGUGCCGGCCGGGGUUCGCAACAGUCCCCCAUUGAACCUUUCCCUCCACUUCAAUCCCCUAGGAGGCGAUGAUGUCGGCCUGGGACGGGGCUGGUCUUUUGGUGGCCUCUCCUCGUAUGAUCAGCCAUCGCGGACCCUGAUUCUGUCGACAGGGGAGAAUUAUAAGGUCCAAGAGAGCACCAGCUCCGUGCUGGUGACGGACCAGAAGCUUCAGAGUUUCCGGUUCCAGAAGACGAGCACCACCAGCUACCGCGUUACCCUCAAGUCCGGCCAAGUGGAAUUACUCUCCAACUUCAACAAUCGGACCUCUGUUAGUGUACCCAUCGAAAUCUACGGUGCCAAUGGCCACUCGCUGCAGCUCUCAUGGGUGUUUUCGGGCACCCAGCCCCGGCUCAGCAAGAUUCAGGCCGGCUCGCAGGAUCUGGUGGAAAUUGUCUACAAUGACAGCACGCAGAUCACCACCGUCACCCGCGGACCGGGGACCGCUGAGGCCGCAACAUUCACGCUGAUGCGGCGGAAUGGCCAACUGGCAGAGCUGCGCCUGCCACUGCAGGGAUCGCCGGCUUGGAACCCGACUGGGGCAACCGAGACGAUUUCCUACCGGGCGGGCUUCCGAUUACCCAGUGGAGCGCCCGUCCUGACGAUCCCUCACGUGAUAUCCCACACGGCUCGGCCCUUCCAUGACCAGCCCGCUAUCCAGACUACGUACACUUACUCCGACCACAACUUCCUCGGCUUCGGUGGAGGUCGAAACUGGUCCAGCGACGGGGACAAUCUGUACCUGACCCCUGCCGACUAUGAGUAUACCUCAACCGUCCAGGUCGUGGGCGGAACCACCACCCGCCAUGUUUACAAUAAAUUUCAUCUGCAGCUCAGUACACAGCAACAGAAGGGCGUCAAACAGCUCACCCAGACCACUACCUACUAUGCCCGCAGCAAUACUGCCUUCGAGAACCAGCCUGCCCAAUACCAGUUGCCCCAGACCCAAGAGACCACCUAUCGGGACACGGCCACUGGCGCCUCUCGGAACGAGACCACCCGUUUUACCUUUGACGAGUGGGGGAACGAGACUAGCGAGACCCCCCCCCGAGUGGGGUCACAACCACCCGUGAAUACUAUCCUGCCGCCGGCGAGGUGGACUCAUCCGCAACAUGUCAAACUCGAGACCGUGAUCCCGGCUUCCAGUGGCUUUCCGACCCCCACCCGCGCCCAUAGCUACACAUAUCUCAAGCUCCCCACCGCCACCGCGGCCCCAGCCGACUAUUUCGUGGCCAGUGACCAACGGCUGACCCGUGAGGAGGGGAGCCAACCCCUCACGAUCACGGAAUACACCUAUGUGAACGAGCCAGAGUCCGCGGAUCAUGGCCGACGACAGCAGCAACUCACCCGCGUCUUUAACCAGCCGACGACGAUAUAUCAGUUCGAGUACCGCCAUUGGGGCUCGACAGAAUUGACCGAGACCAUUACAACCACCAGCUUCGACGGCCAGACCACGCAGGAGGAAACCACCUCCUCCCUUAUAUCCGGAUUGACCCUCGCAACCAAGAACCAGGCCGGCACUGAGACCACCCAUCAGCACGAUGCGAUCGGUCGGGUAACCCAUACCAUCACCGCCCCCGGCACCGCCUUCGAGGCCCGAAAGCAGCACGAAUACGCGGUCCUGGAGGACGCCGUUGGGUGGCAAGUCACGGUGACCGACAGUAAGGGAGUGCAGACGCGAUACUUCACCGAUGGCAUGGAUCGCGUAGUCCGCGUGGAAUCUCAGGACGAUGAUGCCGUCUGGGACCAACAUCAAACUUACACCGGGACAUUCCGCGUCGUGCAGGAGCGCCGGUAUAACGCCCUCGAUCAGUGUAUCGAAGAGGUAGACAUCGACUGGCUGCGCGCCAACGGAACGCCCACAAGCCUACGAACGACGCGCUCCCUUGAGUACGAUGACUGGGGCGAGCUCUAUAAAGUCACGAAGAACGGCGGAGCAGCGCACCUCUCCGUGACAGACCCCAUUGCCUUGACCCAGACCGUAGGGAAUGAGGGCGAAGGCCAAACGCGGUCCCAACUCAACACGUUUCAGACCCCGAGCUCCGAAGCUCUCGUGCGGCGCGACGGAAGCGUCGAAUGUACCAUCGAAUAUGCCUAUGAUGGACUAGGACGCCGCUGCCAGAUGACGGAUGGCCUGGGCCGUGCCACGCAAUAUAGCUACGAUAGCUUCGAUCGCGUGGUCAAGACCACAUGGCCCGAUGGCCACGCGAUCGUGACCCAGUAUGCGGCUGAGAGCACUGCAGCCUUGCCAGUGGCCAUCGAUCUCCAGGGCUCGUCGGGCUUCAGCACGCAGUCGUUCGAUGGAUUGGAGCGGCCGCUCCGCACCACUGUUGGCGGCCGCACCACCAGCAAUACCUAUGAAGGUGUCGCCCCUGUCCCGGCCCAAGUUAUCACUCCGAAGGGAGGGCGCUCUGAACGCACGUAUGAGCCGUCCUUGGACUAUGCGUUGACAGGAAGGAUCACCAGCGAUGGCACCGAGUCAUACGAGUACGACAAGCAAACCGGCUCGAUUUUGCAGCUGGGGAGUUCGCUCGCCGCGGCCCGCCUCAGCUACUACCCAUCCCAUUUGCUGUCUAAGGAGACUAUCCAGACCGCAGAUGGGACUCGCGCCUUGGAGUACGUGUACUCACAGGCUGGCAAGCUACAAGAGUAUACCGAUGUCCACGGAAAACAGCAUACGAUCCAGUACGAUGCGUCGGGCCGGCGACAAGAAAUUAAGGUCGGCACGCUCACGACCAGGUUCAGCUAUGAUCAGGCCGACCGCGUCAUCACAACGUCAUCAAGGGUGACCCUGACGACCAAUAUCGAGUAUGACGAGUUCGGCCGCGAAAUUCACCGGAAGUUCUGGACGGAGGCCGCGCUCAUAUUCCAGACCACUCAGUCCUAUGGGGCCACGGGGCUGGUCACCACACGCGAUCGACGCGAUGACAAGGGCACUCUGGUGCGGCAGGAAGCCUUUGAGUAUGACAGUUUAAGCCGGUUAGUGGACUAUCAGUGCCAGGGCACACAGCCCCCGGUAGAUGAGCAAGGCCGCGCCCUUCGCCGGCAGCGCUUCACGUUCAACGAUUAUAAUGGCCUCGCCCAGAUCCAGACCAUAUUCGCGGAUGGCAGCGAUAAUACACAGGUCUACACGUACAGUGCUGAGGAUCCGACACAGCUGAUCAGUAUCUACAACACUCACUCCAAUGACGCGGCGGCCGUCAACCUCGAGUAUGACGAGAACGGAUGUAUGACGCGCGACGAGCACGGGCGGACACUGGUCUACAAUGCGUCAAGGUUCCUGUCCGUGGUAUAUGAUAGCCAGAACCAGCUCCUCUGCGAGUACGGGUAUGAUGCCACGGACCGGCUGGUCCGUCAGUCGAUCCCCAAUGAGCCGGACACCGAGUUUUCUUACCGCGGGGGCUCAUUGAUCGCCGUGACCAAGGGGGACCAUCAGACCAGCUUCAUCUCGGACGGAAACAUAUACUGGGGGACAGUCCAGCAGCAGGGGACUGAGGUGACUACCCAGCUCUGGGCGUCCGAUGCCCACCACUCGGUUAGCACCUGGCUGGACACGCGGGAUAGCGGACAGGUUCACGACCAAGCGUACACGCCCUACGGCUUCAGUUCUGACGGCGCGACCGUUGGCUUCAACGCACAAUGGCGAGACCCAGUCACCGGGUGGUAUCAUCUCGGGACCGGUUAUCGGGUGUACAACCCAAGUCUGAAGAUCUUCCUACAGCCGGACGCCUGGAGCCCAUUUACCUCGGGCGAAAUCAACCCGUACGCCUAUUGUUUGGGGAACCCAAUCAACCGGGCUGAUCCGAGCGGCCACUUCAGCUGGCGAAGCUUCAUUCAAAUCUUGGUUGGUGUGAGCGUUGCCGUCGGCAUUGCCGUCUUCACGGGAGGGGUUGGAUUAGUCGCUGGCAUGGCGAUCGGGGCCGCCGUGAAUGUCGGCGUUGGAGUCGCCUACGACCUGGCGACGGGGACAACGCCCACGCUCAAAAGUAUCGCCUCGGAUGCUUUCAUUGGGGCUGCCGGGGGCGUGGCCGGUCACGCCGUUGGGGGAGCCGGGAAAGCCUUGGCUGGAGCGGCGGGCAGCGUCACAGGGAAGAUCGCGCAGGCAGUCACCUACGAGAUCGGUACGAACCUCGUCACCCUUCCCGGGACUAUUCUAUUCCAAACCAUUGGGCGUGCCGUAACAUCUGCUGUCGCCAACAACAAGAGGGGCGCCCAGACCCAAGAGCCCUUCCUCGCCACGACCGCUGGAUAUCUGGCGGAGUUGCCCAUGGAGAAGCUUCGACGGCAGCAGCGAAGCGCGCCGCCGCCGCCGAGCCAACACCUUAACUCGCAAGCUGCCGGCUACAAUGAGACUUCUUCCGAUCCCGUGUCCGCUCGCAUCUCCUCCCGGGAGACGGUCACUGCCGAGGAUGUCCGCUCGAACUCUUUCGGGGAGUCCUCCACCUACGGUGGCUCCCAGUUCUCGCUGCUGCCCAGUCCGGUCCACCGGGUGUCCUUUACCAUAGACCCAAAGGCGCGGACAAUGUAG